AUGUCCCGAGCCGGAACUUGGUUGAAGAUGCUGGUAGCUGGCACUGUCAUUUGUGUUGGUGGCCCGAUGUUCGUUCAAUCCAUCCGUCCUACCGACGAAGAACUGUUCAAGCGAUACAACCCUGAGUUACAGAAGCGGAGUCAGGAGGAUGGUGAUCGUCGAGCGCAAGAAUUCGACGACUAUGUCAAUCGGUUAAAGCAAUGGUCGAAGUCGGAUAAGUCCAUCUGGUUCGCAGCUCAAGAGCAGGAGAAACAGAAACGUUCCGAGCUCGAAGCGCAACGGAGUCAAGCCAAAGACGAAGCUAAGGUACAGCGUGAGGAAAUGCGGAAGGAGCUGCUAGGAGAUAAAUAG